AUGUUGAGUGUCAAGCCAGCCGUUGCCGUGGAGGCUCAUUUACCAUUGUCCAAAGGCUGUCUGAGUGAGUCCAAUUGUCAGUCACGAUUCAGAUUCCUAACUGACACGAGCGAUUCAGGCGUGGAAUCAACAUACGCAUAUGACUAUAUCAUAUUUUACCGAUGGCUAUCACCAGAUUUAUACGAGAGAGGCCGAGUAAUGGCGCGUUUGGUCGCUGAAAUGAUCGAAAAGAAGAGCCGUCGCAUAUGGCUCGACCAACACCAAAUGACAAGAAGCACGGAAGCCGGGGAAGUGACCAAGAGGAUUUCCAACACAUUCUUAUCUGUGUCUCAAAUCAUUAUUCUCGCUGCCCCCGGCGACUGGGACAGGUUUACGAAUCCAGAUGACAUUCAUCGAUGGGAAUGGGAGAUGAGUCUCAGAAGUGACAAGCAAGUUUGGCUACUUCAAUAUGGAUUACCAGACAAUGGACAGGCAUUGUCCAGAGCCCAACUAGCAGAGGGAUUAGAAAAGUACUGUCCAAGACUGGCAGAACUCUUCAAAAGCAGGGAUGUACACAUACGGUCACUGACAAUGGACAGCAUCGACGUGGUACUGAAAGAGAUCGCCGAGGCCGCACACCAUCAUGCGAGCCUCGAUCAGCCAAUUACUUCUCAAACAGGAGCAAUGUCAAAAGAAAGCCAUGCCAUCCAAACUGCCUUCAGGGCGGGCAAAGAAUAUGUAGUCCCUUGGGGAAGCCAAGAAGAACAACGCAUUGAACAAGCAAUGCAAGACCUCGGCUCUUACCUCAGCGAUCUCGAUCACUCGCUCUCCUACGAGGGUACUGAUAAGAAAGUGGUAUGGCGUAAGUCCUGCUGGUUUGCUAGUCAGGGCAUUGGCCAUCCUUUCUUGGACUCUGAGACCGACAUUGCCAAAUUUGAUGGUGAUCUCAAAGAUGGCCUUACGGGCCUUCAAGCGUUGCAUGAUGCCAGAACUCGAGAAUCGGCACAUUGUCUGAAGUCCGCGCUCGACAGUGCUUUGGUGACGACUAGUAUGGCUGUUGGCAUUGACCCAAACUUGGUACAGCGAUGUACAGUUCGCUAUCGUGCUAUCAAGUACACGCCUCAUGCUGGUGCUCCUGGUGGCAUUGGCCUUCAUCCAGAUGGCAACCUCCUCUCUGCCCUCAUCACAAACGGGCCAGGACUUCGGGUCUAUGACCUCGAUGGAACCGUGCGCUUUCCUGGACACAGAGGCACGAUCAUGAUGGGUGGCUCAACGCUCUACCGCUGGGCCAAUGAGUUCAUUCCGACUUUUCACGAUGUUGAUAUCAGUGGGAAUGAAGUCAAAGUGUCCAUCGUGGCGUUCUUUAACUUUCCUGAUAUGGAGACGAUACCGAGGACUCUGAGAGCCGAAGGGGACAACUUCUUUCAUGACAUUCGAAGGAUCAAGGAAGAUGACAAACUUCCAAGUGGGGAGCUAUCGGCGCUAUGGGAUGUUAUCAUCAAGAACCACCAGCUGUCUCUACCUCCAGUUCUUGCAAGUGGAUGAGCUGAUUUCUACCAUGGUGGUCUAUCUAAGUUCGUCAUAAAGAAAUAUGUACAUGGAUAAUUCUUUCAUGUCGAGUUCGUGUUAAUUGAUAGACCCGCGACUAGAGUUCCAAUGAGGCCUCGAUUUAUCGACAGUUUUGAUGCUGUUCCAAGUCUUUGAUCCUAUCGUACCGAGCUUAAG